AUGUCUGCUUUCAUAACGGCAAGAAACAAAGGUCUUGAAGCGAAAGUUGGUUAAAUUUGACCUGGCCUUUUGGCGGAAAGAAAAACGUGACAAGCUAGCGCGGAAUGACCUAUACCGUCUCCGCAAUGGCGGAUUUAGCUGGUUGACAUUCAAAAUCUGAGCAGACUAUAGAGUUUGCAAAACCAUUUUUCCAAUAUUUCGAUUGAUCCAAAAUUAAAACCGAUAUUUUUAUGGCCACAUUUCGAGCGAUCAGAUAGAUCACAUUGGUAAUUUCUUUCGAAGUGGUUGUUCUCAUGACUAUCACCUAUAGCGCGGUCUCCGAGCUCUAGCACAAGAUCCGCUACAUUCUGAGCUUGUCAAGGCGCAACUGGGUGGAGUACGCGUCGAAGAACGAGGCGAAGGACUGUCAGACCAUGCUUUCAACUUGAUCAACUACACUUUGGACUACUUAUUCGCCAAAGGCCGUAGUUAGUUAUAGCUUCGAAAGUUCUAGUCCAGCGCUUGUCAAUUAUAUCUGACUAAAACUAACUUUUGUGUGAGAAAUGAAACAUUUUGAUUUUGAUUGAUUGAUUGAAAACAACAAAAUGAAUGAUUUUAUUUGAAUAUCAAGGGUUCGAUUAUUAUUUUUUGUUUCAAGGAAAUUUAAAGUAACCUCCCUGGUCAAUCGGGAUGUCGUUGCAGGUAGGUACAGGGUAUGGUCUGUUCAGAUUUCAAAUGUCAAGUCCCCGCUGAAGCUCCGCCCCCUAAUGGCGCGAUAAACCAAUCAGAGAGCGAGCCAUCCACAGAGCGUUUUCGAAUGACGUCAUUCUACUUGACAUUCAAAAUCUGAACAAGCUAUAGCAAUUUCAAAGUCUAUCGGUGUAUGCUAAUUGGGGGUUUUCAUUAGCUAUCGUGUAUUAUCUCUAUGGUACUUGGAUACUACCGGGUAGGUAUAGUCGAUGUGCCACAAGUUGAAAUUUCAUGGAACGACACUCCGCUGUUUCGAUUUGUGCGGUAGCGCGCAUUGUGCGAAUUUGCCAAUCUCGGCCGCGCUAAUGUUUUUGGUUUUAAUCUUCAUUUUAUAAGCCACUCACUUUCUGAAAAAAUCCAUUAACAAAUGCGACAAACAGAAAAAAAACGAUGAAAAAAACGAUUUCCGUGUAAAAUCUUCACUCGAAGUGGUCGCUCUCCUUCUGAGGCUUCCACCUAGAGCACGGUCUCCGGGCUCCAGCUCAACAUCCACUACAUUCUGAGCUCGUCAAGGCGCAACUGGAUGGACUACGCGCACAAGGACAAGACGAAGGACCGUAA